UCUAUGGUCACUUGGAAGAUUUCAAUGGUGGGGGUUAAUCCUGACUGUUUCCUGUGGUAUGACCCACCUGAACUUUAGAUCUCACUGAUGUUUGGGAUCAUUUCCUAAAAUAAUCUGGUGAAACGGAUGGACGGAAUAGAUAUAACACGAUCAUCACGGUGGGCCCCACAGAGCUUGGUGUUACAGGGUAUCUUAGGCAAUUCGCGUUCCGUUUUGAAAAUGAUGACACGGGAGUCUAGCCAAAGAUGGCGCGAUUAGCCGACCGUAGAAAGCACAGAGAGAGAAAUCAUCCAUUGGAGAAGAGAGAUGAGAGAAAACCAGCGACGCCAGAGCAGAUCGCAACGACAUUUCAUCUUCUUCUACCUUUCUUUGUCGCUGCAAUUGAUUUCAGGCUUGGCAGACGACCCAUCGGGUUCCAAGCAUGAUAUAAAAGCUGAGAUACCUGCAACAUCUGGUGGUAGCUCUGGGCUGAAGGUAGUGUUCAUAUGCCUUGGGCUGGUAACAGUUGUGGCAUUGUCCAUAUUCCUGCUUAGGCAAUGGCAGAAGAAGAAGAGAGAGGAGCAGUAUGCCCGUCUUUUAAGAUUGUUUGAAGAGGACGAUGAGCUUGAACUUGAGCUUGGCCUACAUGAGUGAGACCUUUGUUCACUCAUCCCUUGAGUGUAAGAUAAUUAAGGUAUGUGUCACCAACAAUUGUAAAACCAAAAAUCAGGGGACUGGACCACUUGUAUCAUCCACAUAUCAUCUCUAGGCUCUGAAGUGUCAUCAUCAUCAUCAUCAUCAUCAUCAUCAUAUCCUUGUCCCAUUGUUAGGGAAAAAAAUCCUACAUAGUUUUGGCCAUAUGAUUACCUAUACAAGGCAUAAAUUUUAUGAGGACAAUUUUAUUUUAUUUUUUGUCGCCAAUGAAGGAAUUUCUGCAUUUCUUUAAAAUCAGGGUUCUUUCAGUUGUGCCCAGAAGUUUUAGUACAUACGGACCACGGUUCUUCAAAUUGAUGGUUCUGCUCCCCCUUGCAAGUAUGUUAUAUCUAAUGAGAAUUGUUAACGGAUGUGAAUGUAGGCCAUA